GAAUGGAAAUAUUAAAAGCAAUCUCUCUUUUUUUGAACGAACUCACUGGAGUCUCUUCAAAGGUCUAGAAUAUUUGGAAAACAAAUCCUUAAACCUGGGAACGUCUGACAAGGAACUAAUCCAAGAUGAAUUCAAGAGUCAGGUCCAUUCAUUAAUGAAUCAUCAAUCAAUAUCGAAAAGCGCGCAAAAAAAGGCUACAAGACUUUUUAACGAAGUGGAUCAGUUGUUCGAAUCUGAGGAAGUUGUAACAUUUUUUAAAAGAAUGGAUACAAAGGCGAUUGAAGAAAGUAAAAAGCAGUUAUUAGCCGUAAAAAAGUCGCUAUUCGAUACGGAGGUUCAGAUCACUGUUGAAGACUACAAAAUACAAACUGUAUCGUCUUCGAAUCUAACCACUUUAGGAGCAGAAAACUCAGGCGAGGCUUCCAAACGGAAACGUGAAGAAGAUGAUCAUAUGACAGUGUUGUCAUGGGACAUUUUUGGGACAUGGCCUGGGACAUUGGGACUUAAU